AGAGAGAGAGAGAGAGCGCGAGAACAAGAGAGCGAGCAAAGGCAACGAAGGAAGAAUCCACAACAAAAUCGCUUUGCACCACCGAAGCAAGUAUCGCCAUCACGUUGUGCCCCCUAGUGUCUUUUUCCGCUACGCCACCACUCUCUCUCUGUGUGUGCUGUUUUCUUUCCGAGGCAAACGGUUGAGUGACAGCUGCCAAACUUCAAUUCAACGUAUAAUACAUGCCACGAUUCUUGGAAUUUUACUACGCGAGUGUUUUUUCAUCUCUUCAAAAUAACGAAAAAACUUGACAGUGUGUCUUUAAUUCAAAUAGUGGUGCUUUCUUUUCAUGAACCUUGGCACUGGCUUUUACAAGUGUGUGUGUGGAAUUUUAUACUAGUGUGUGUGCUUUGAUUUGUGGGUCAGGCGAUGGUAAGUGGAGGCAUGGCCGGGCAGCAUUACUGCCUGCGCUGGAAUAAUUACCAGUCGAAUAUGACGUCUGUCUUUCAUCAGCUAUUACAAACUGAAGCUUUCGUCGAUGUCACCCUGGCUUGCAAUGAGGCAUCUCUAAAGGCACACAAGGUGGUUCUUUCUGCAUGCAGUUCAUACUUUCAAAAAUUGUUACUCUCCAACCCCUGUAAACAUCCAACAAUUAUAAUGCCCCAGGAUGUAUGCUUCAAUGAUCUCAAAUUCAUCAUUGAAUUUGUCUACAGAGGAGAAAUUGACGUUUCACAAGCAGAACUUCAGUCCUUGCUGAAGACGGCUGAUCAGUUGAAAAUCAAGGGCCUCUGUGAGGUCCCAGAGAGCAGAGAGGGACCGCCUUCGGUUAGCCUCAGCUCACCACCGCGAGAAUCCAGCACCACCAGACUAAACUAUACAAAGCUAAAGAGGCAUCAUCCAAGGUACAAGAGGCCAAGAACCACUUUCGAGACUCGCAACUCGGAUUCCAGGCAUCAAGACUUAUACAAGGAGGAGGACGCAGAAGGAGAUUUUGAGCGCGACAAAGAGACUCGAAAGCUAAAUUUGGACCGGAUGUUCCCGCAGAAUCACAGGGACUGUUGGCAGACCGAAGAUGAGGAGUGUGCGGAGGCUGCAUCAGCAGUAGUCCUGGAAUCCUGCCAACGCGACAAUAACAACGGUAACAGUACUACAAACAACAACAACGGUGACAUGUUUUGUCAUACAGGUUUAGGUCAUUACGGACAUCAUCAUCCUGAUCCUGGUGAAGUUGAUUUACCUCCAGAGACACAACCAACACCACCUAGUGCUACCUUGGUUGGCACAACAAUCACACAUCUCAGGGAUUCAGAUCAUCAAUCUGCAGAAAUCCAAAAUUGUGACAGUGUGAAAAUAAAAUUUGAAACCCUACACACAAUGGAUUCGUCGGAUACAAUAGACAUUGACAGUCACAUGUCGGAUAGAGCGAGUGUGAGUUCAAAAACGGCAGGUGACAAUGACAAUAUGAUGAUGAUAACACCUGAACUUCUUGGUCUUAUGCCUUCUGGAAAUUCCGUCCAUUCGGAUUCUGGUGAAAAUAAUUCGAGAGGACAUUCGGGUCAAUCGGGAUCACAUCAUCAUGGUUCGAAAUCAUGGACACAAGAGGAUAUGGAUGCUGCUUUGGAUGCAUUGAGAAAUCAUGAUAUGAGCCUCACAAAAGCAUCUGCAACAUUCGGUAUACCAUCGACAACAUUAUGGCAAAGAGCACAUCGUUUGGGAAUUGAUACGCCUAAAAAAGAUGGACCAACAAAAUCGUGGAGCGAUGAGAGUUUAAAUAAUGCCCUUGAAGCAUUAAGAACUGGGACAAUAUCGGCGAAUAAAGCAUCAAAAGCAUUUGGAAUACCAUCGAGUACUUUGUAUAAAAUUGCAAGGAGAGAAGGUAUUAGACUUGCGGCACCGUUCAAUGCAAGUCCAACAACAUGGUCACCGGCUGAUCUUGAUAGAGCAUUGGAGGCAAUUAGAUCGGGUCAAACGUCAGUGCAAAGAGCGUCGACAGAAUUUGGAAUUCCAACUGGUACACUCUAUGGACGAUGUAAAAGAGAAGGAAUUGAAUUAAGCAGGAGUAAUCCAACUCCAUGGAGCGAGGACGCCAUGACCGAAGCUCUUGAGGCUGUUAGACUGGGUCAUAUGAGUAUAAACCAAGCCGCUAUUCACUACAAUUUACCAUAUUCGUCAUUAUAUGGACGUUUUAAAAGGGGUAAAUAUGAAGAACCAGUAGUCAACGAAAUGUCACAAGACGGUAGCAGUCCACAUUAUCAUCAUCAAAGUCCAAGUCAAAAUCAUUCAUCUUCUCUUCCCGAUCAAAUGCCCUAUCAGGGUAGCUGAAAUUUACCUCUUUAUUAGGUUAUUUAUAACUUAGUUCAACUCAAAUUUCAAAUUCAUCGUCAAGAAUUUGAUAUUGACUUAAAAACUGAAAUCAACAAAAAAUACGAGCGAGCAAAGAUCAAUUGCGUAUAAAUAUAUAUAUAUAUAUUUGAAUCAAAGAUUCAACUAAUAAUAAUAAUUAUAAUAAUUAUUAAUAAUAAUAUUAUAAUAAUAAUAAUCAUCAUAAUAAUAACAAAAAGGACGAUCUUGCAGUAUUAAAGAUGAACCAAGAGAAACGCACAUUUAUGUAUAUUCUAUUCAUUUUCAUCUGCGGGUCAUUUUGGAGUUAUAAAAGUGAAAUUUAAUUAUAGGUCAAAUAUUUAUUAAGAACAUUCUCCUCAUCACGAGAUUUUUAUAUACAUGUUUUUCAAGCAGAUAAAACUUAUUGCAAAUAUGUUCCAUAUAUUAUAUUAUAUUAUAUUAUAAUCGUUUUUCACAGAUUCAAUUUUUUUUGUCUGAAAACGUUCUAUUUAUUGUUAAAUAUUAUUCAAUUACUCAUUUUUUUUUUUUAUUGAAUUUAUUUUUCGUUAAUUAAAAAUAGUUUUUACUGUAUGUAUUUUUUGGUGGGAAAAAAUUAUAAUUGUUUUUCAAAAUCUUAAAUUACAUAUAUAUUAAUGACAAAAAAACAAAAAAAAAAAAAAAAAAAAAAUGAUUAAAAAUUUGCAUACGUAAGGGAACCAAGUGACCAUUAGGAUAAGAAGCGACAGUGUAUCUUUUCACCAUGAGUAUUAAUCGAAUUUUCUAAAAAAUUGAAAAAAAAAAACAAAAAAAAUGAACUAUAUGCUUAGAUUGUCCACGUGUUAAUUUUUUUUUUUUUUUUUUUUUUUUUUUUUUUUUUUGAACGAUUACAUUUUUAGUAUUGUGGAUUGGUAAUAAUUACAUAUAAGGAAAAUUGAAUUAUUAUUUUUUAUAUAUAAAAAUAAAUGUCAAAAAAAUUUUUAAUGGCAUACAAAUAAUAAUGUAUAUUAAAAUUAUUUUCGUGUGAUUAAAAAAGAAAAUUGCUAGGUUUUAGUUUGUUUCUACAUAUUAUAAUGCUUAUAUUGUACUGCGAAAUUUUAUAUAGUUCUGUUUGUAAAUAUUUAGAAUUUUUUUUUUUUUUACAAAAUUAUAUAUAUAAUUUUUUUAAAUAACUUUAUGGCUGUCUAUUGAUUAUAAGUUUUUUUUUUUGUUGAUUAUCAUUUUCAUUUAUUUUUUUUUUUUUAAUAACAAUGAGGGGAAUGAGAGCUCGAUUUUUUAUAAAAUCGAAAAUCACAAAUAAGAUUCUUUUUUUUUGUGGUAAAAUUUUUAAAUAUCUUGAAAUUCCCCUUAAAUAGUGUUUUUCUUAUAGGACAUUAAAUUCCUAGACUUUUGACAAAUAUUUCAGUAUAAAUUUUCUUUUUAAAGACUGAUACAUUUUUUCUUUUUCAUUCAUGGUGAAAAAUGGCGUACUAGAGCCUUAUCAUAGAAAAUUAUUAAUAAUCCAUGAUUUAAGUUUUCUUUAAUGCGAUUUUUUCUUUAAAUAUAGUUUAAUAUCAAACGACAGUUUAAUUUAUUAUAUAAAAUAAUUAUUAUUGUUAUAUAAAUACAAAAUGAAAAAAAAACAAACAAACAAACAAAUGUAGUAAUAAUCAAAAAAUGAAGUCUACAAAAUUAUAUGUCCUAUUUUUUCUAUAAGUGAUAAUGCCAGAAAACCAAAAGGUUUUUAAGUUCGCUCAUAAAAAAAAAUAUAUAUAUAAUAGAAAAGAAAAGAAUAAGUAAUUUCUUUUUUUACGAAUUCUUUUAUUAUUAUGAAAAAAAAAAUAUAUAUAUAUAUAUACUUACAUAAAUGAACAGUUUAUUUUAUUGUUCAUUUUAGAAUGGACUGAGUAGGGUACGAUAAUAUUAAUAAGUGAUUGUUUUUGAAAUUUAGAUAAUAAUUCGGCUGAUAUGAGCAGUGUGAUUGAUAUUAAAGGAUUUUUAUUAAUUUUCCAAAAUAAUAGAAAAAAAAUUGGAAAUUAUUUUUCUUUUCGCUGCUCAAUUGCCACGCGUAUAUUUACUUCAUACACACACUAAUUAAUUUAUCAUACCAACAAACUACUACAUCACCUAAAAAGUAUAUAAAGUAUAAAUACAUAUUAUCUAUAAAUAUAUGUACAGUUUAUAUAUUUUAAAUUAAAAAUUAAUGCAACUGUA